UCAUAAUACAAUGGUUGUUUUUUUGGUGUGCUUCGCUGUUAUAAUUUCAUUAGCAGGGACAGAGAAGUGUUCCUUGGAAGAUACCUUAUGCAGUUUGUGUGGUAAACGUCAAGUGUCCAACGAGCAUCCUGACCUAACAGCACUGUGGAAAGCUAUAAAGAUUAACAAAAAAGACAUCGUUGCACAAAAGAAAGAAAUUCAAGAUUUGAAAGAGAGCCAUAGUCAUGUAGCUUUUUUUGCUUACAUGAGCAAUAACUGGAAACAACUUUCUAAACACAAAAGACUUGUUUAUGAUGUAGUAGAUUUGAACAAUGGGAACGGAUAUAACAAAGCCAAUGGCGAGUUUACAGCUCCAACUAGUGGUCUGUAUGUGUUUCACGUGUCUACUGGUGCCGUUGAUAAAUCACAUGCGUCCGUUGAAUUGAUAGUGCAAGGUAAAAUCAGAAACAUCGGCUGGGCUGAUUCUAUGGAUCACAAUGACAGAACCUUUGUCACCUCAGUAACCCCUCUACAGCUGAACAAAGGUGAUGUUGUAUACACAAGAAUUGGAAAUGGUUAUGGUGGAAACUAUAUAGAGAGUAAUACUUACAUCAGGACGAGCUUCUCUGGAGUAAAGAUCAAUUGA